UAAGAGGAUGUAAUAACCUGCCACUACUCGCCAAAUAAAAGCCUCAUUGGAGGUGGGUGAGGUCUUCUCCACUGAAGGGGAAAUAAUCCUGGCUUGCUCCCCUCAUGUAAUAUUAAAUCACUCUCCUCCUUUCCUGCCUUCCCUCGCUUCCCUUCCCUUCCAGUCGCUCCACUCCGCUCUCCUCCGUCCUCCCUCCUCUCUUUACUAUCCGAUCCUUCAGAGGAGUUCUCCAGCUCAUACCGCUCUGCAAGUGCUUAGAGAGCACAGCUAGCCUCUCACUCUCUCUCUCCCUUUCUCCUUCUCUCUCUCUUGUUCUUUUUCUCUCUCUCACUCUCUUUCUAUCUGUCUUUCUUUCUCUCACACAUCUUAACUCCGACUUGCUCUUAUUCUCGUGAUCUCUCUUUUUUUUUACUUCUCCCUUCUUAACUCUGCAUGUAAUCUCUUUCUUGCUCACUCUCUAUCUCUUUCUCUCUCGUUCAUUCCUUCCCUCUCUCAUUCUCCUUUUCUUUCUCUCCCUCUCUUUCAAUCCCUGUCUCCCUUCUCUCUUUUCCUUUCCUUUUUGCUCUCUUUCUCUCCCUCCUUCUCACUUGCUAUUUCCUUCUUAAAUCUGAGUGUAACAACUCUCUCUCUCUUUCUCUCUCUCCACUCUCUCACAUACUCUCUUUUUCUCUCCCUUUAAAUCCUUAUCUCUCUUUUUCUAUCCUCUCUCUUUCAUUCCCUCCCUUUUCUCUCAUGCUUUCUCCUUCUUAAGUCUGAGUUUGUUCCUUUUUCUUGCUCUUACUCUUCUGUUCUCUCUCCUUUUCCCUCUCUCUCUCUUUUUUUCACGCUUUCCUUCUUAACUCUGAGUGUAAUCUCUUCCUUGCUCACUCUUAAGUUCUCUCACUCUCAUUCUCUUUUACUCUCUCUCUUUAUCUGUCCCUCUCUGUCUCAACCCCUCUCUUUUUCUCUUUCUCUUUCAAUCCCUCCCAAUCUUACUCUCUCCACCUCCUUCUAUCUCCCUCUCCUUCUCUCCCUCUUUCUCUGUUGGUUUCUCCUUCUUAAGUCUGAGUGUAAUCUCUCUCUCUCUCUCUCAGCGAGAGGACUUUGGGCAGUGGCGACGUCAGAGGCUGAGAGCAGCAGAACAGAGAUGUGGAGCUGAGUUGACAAGCAAAGCAGCUGCUCAGUCACUUCUCGGACUCUUGCUCUCUCUCUCCUCCUAUCUCUCUCUCUCUCUCUCUCUCUCUCUCUGUCGCUGCAUGUCUCCAGCUCGUACUUGCUCUCGAACUCCGGAGCCUACAGCAUCCUCUCAGAUGACGCACUGGACCAGGAGCUUCUUCACUUUUUACGAGCCGUUUCCUUUUUUCACUUCUUUCCGUUCUGCCAACUGAGUACUUUCAGCUCUUCGCUGGAGUUUGAGAACAAGAGCUGAGAAGGAAAAAGAAGAAGAGGAAGAUAAGUAUGAAGAAGGAGGACGAGAGGAAGAGCACCUGAGGUGAGGGUGUCGAGAGACUGACUCAAAGUUGGGCGACUGAGAGGCAGCAAGGGGAAGAGUCAAGCGUGUGCCAACGGAGGGAAAGUGCUGGGUGAGACACCUGCGACAAGACUUGGUUUAGCAGCUCUCUCUCUUGAGAAAGAGCGAGGCUGCCUUGGGCAACAGAGUGAAAGUAUAUAAAAAAUAUUAAAAGUGUGCCAAAGAAAAAGAAAUCCUUUCCACAAAGCGAGAAAUUGUGCUGAAAUUGCAAGAGGAAAAAAGGACAGACUGGUAAAGAAAGUCCAUAACCUUCGCUCGAAGGCUCUGCAAACACAGACCUGGCGAACCACAUGCCUAUUGAGUUCGUCUGCAAGAUUAAAUUCGCCGAAGGUGAUGAAGCCAAGGCAGCGCCGUCCAAGAGCAGCAGCGCCGGAAUGCUGGACGAACACCUCAGCCGGGCCAGAGCGGGCGGUGUGGCGGACCUGGCCGCCUUCGCCAGCUCCUCAUCCCUGCAUGGCCUGGCCCAGGCUCUGGGGUCGUCCCGGUCUGGGAGGGUAGGAAUGAGGCAGACUCUGUGGGCUCUAGCCCUGCUGGCAUCCCUGACGGUCUUCCUGUACCAGGCAUCCCAGAGCACUGCCGCCUACCUGGAGCAUCCACAUCUGGCAGCCCUGGGUGAAGAAAGCCGGCGUGAACUCACCUUUCCUGCAGUUACCCUCUGCAACGUCAACCGUUUCCGCUUCUCGGCGCUCACGGACGCCGACAUCUAUCAUCUGGCCAACCUCACGGGGCUGCCACCCAAGAGCCGCGGCGGGCACCGGCCAGGCGAGCUCCAGUACCCGCCCCCGGACAUGCUGGACAUCUUCCAGCGCACAGGCCACCAGCUGGAGGACAUGCUGAAGAGCUGCAACUUCAGUGGGCAGAACUGCUCUGUGCAUGACUUCAGUGUGGUGUACACGCGCUAUGGAAAGUGUUACACGUUCAAUGGGAACAGGACUUCAGCGAAGCGGACGCGGCAGGGAGGCAUGGGGAACGGCCUGGAGCUGAUGCUGGACAUACAACAGGACGAGUACCUCCCCAUCUGGAGAGAGACCAAUGAGACGACCCUGGAGGCAGGGAUCCGUGUCCAGAUCCACAGCCAGGAUGAGCCUCCAUACAUUCACCAACUGGGUUUCGGAGUUUCUCCAGGGUUCCAGACCUUCGUAUCUUGCCAGGAACAGAGGCUGUCGUACCUGCCCCAGCCGUGGGGGAACUGCAGAGCAUCGACAGAGCCUGUUAUCCCGGGAUACGACACCUACAGCGUGAGCGCCUGCAGACUGCACUGUGAGAGCAUCCAGGUCCAGAGAGAGUGCAACUGCAGGAUGAUACACAUGCCAGGAAGCGCGGAUAUCUGCACACCUGCGAAAGUGAAAUGUGUUGACAGGGCGCUCGGUCUGCUGCAGAAAAGCACAGGAGACUCGUGCCCGUGUGAAACCCCCUGUAACGUCACUCGUUAUGGGAAAGAGCUGUCUAUGGUUAAAAUCCCCAGCAAAGGGUCCGCACGCUAUCUUUCCCGCAAGUACCACACAACUGAGGACUAUAUCAGAGACAACUUCCUGAUACUGGACAUCUACUUUGAAGCUCUAAACUACGAAACUAUAGAGCAGAAGAAAGCGUAUGACAUAGCCGGGCUACUAGGAGACAUCGGAGGCCAGAUGGGACUCUUUAUUGGAGCCAGCAUUCUGACAAUACUGGAGAUACUUGAUUACAUCUAUGAGGUGAUCAAGCACAGAAUCAAGAGACUCCUGAGACCACAAAAGAACCAGAACCAACAGAACCAGAGAAACCAGAUCCAGAACCAAAUCCAGAACCAGAUUCAGAGAACAAAGAACCACAGAGAACAGAACCUUAGGUCUCAGCUAGCACCGAGCACCAUCGCCACGGUCAAACUAGAGGAGGUCAAAGCCAAGGACAGUAAGGACGUGACGAUGGUUCAAGCUCAUGGCGUAUAUUCAUCUUCAAUUUUACCAAACCACCACCUCACACAGCCAGUUGUACAGCAGGACUUUGCUUGCUAGAAGCUGUUUGGUCGUGGUCAUCUCACUAUCUACAAUAAUUUAUCACUGGAUUUUAGACUCCUGGAUGGGACCACGCACUUGAACUGUAGGCUACGUAUGUCUAUGUCUGUCACCUAUAAAAGCUACAGCCAAAGUCAACCUUAUGAAGACCGUAUUCCGCUGAAUGCCUCCUUUCAUAGGGUGGGUGGCAUGUGUCCAAGUCUCGGUGCGACUGGCUCAAACUGGCUUUACAUCACAAAAACAGUGGUUAUUAGCAUCAUCCUGCAUUCGCACCAGUGGAACAUGCUCACACUGAGCCCCACAUACGCUGGUACAUCACACACCAGCGGGUAGACACCGCAUCGUCCUUUCCUGACACAAGAUUUUUAGUGAGACUUUUCUUGGGGACCAAGAAUCAAUAAAAAAAAAAAACUUCAGCACAUGACUGUGUUCACCUGCAAUACCUCACACAAGCCUCACCAUCACAUAUUACUUUUCUCACCUGCUGGCAGAUGACGAACAAAGACUGCUACAGUGGUGUCACAUGAACUUUAUAAAAAGACCAUUUUUCCUCACUUUGUAGGAAUAUAAGAAUAUGAUGUAAUAUGUAUGUAAACACUGUUAAUAUUAAACUGUACCAUUCA